UAUUAGAAAACACAAUAAUCAAUCAAACAGAAAAAAAAAACACAUCUUCGAGCUAGAUCAAACAGACCUAAUCUCACUCAUCACCACUUUCUCAAUAUGGCCGGAAGAGCAGUGAUGCUCGUUAAUGUCGGAACAGUUAUAAUGACCACUUUGACCCUGGCUAGCUUGGUCAGAGGCUUCGGUGUGAACUGGGGCAAUAUUGCAUCGCAUCCACUGAAUCCUGAUAUUGUUGUUAGGAUGCUUAAAGACAACAAGAUCAAUAAAGUGAAGCUUUUUGACGCUCAUUCAUGGACGAUGAAUACUUUGGCCGGUACGGGCAUGGAGGUUAUGGUCGGAAUCCCUAAUAACCUUCUUGAAAGUCUUGCCGAAGAUUACGAAAAUGCUAAAGAUUGGGUGAAAGAAAAUGUCACGGCUUACAUGCGUAAGGGUGGCGUCAACAUCAAGUACGUGGCCGUGGGGAAUGAGCCGUUUUUGUCAGCAUACAACGGAUCGUUCUUGGAGACAACGUUUCCAGCAUUAAAGAACAUUCACAAGGCGUUAAAAGAAGCUGGACAUACUGAUAAAAUGAAAGCCACGAUCCCACAGAACGCUGAAGUUUACCAAUCAGCUAAUGAUAAGCCAUCAGAAGGAGAUUUUCGAAGCGAUGUAAAGAAAACGAUGCUCGACAUUGUCAACUUCUUCCACGAUAAUGAUUUACCUUUCACGGUCAACAUUUACCCUUUUCUUAGUCUUUACCUAAACGAACAUUUUCCCGUUGAAUUUGCUUUUUUCGACGGUAAAGGUGAGUCAAUUCCUGAUAAAGGUAAGAACUACGAUAACGUGUUUGAUGCGAAUUACGAUACGCUUGUUUACUCGUUGAAGAAAGCCGGGAUUAAAGAUAUGAAGAUUAUCAUUGGGGAGAUUGGAUGGCCAACGGAUGGUCAUAAACAUGCGACGCCAAAGCUAGCAGAGAAAUUCUAUGCAGGUCUUAUGAAAAGACUUGCAAAAGAGGAAGGGACUCCAUUGAGGCCUGAGAGAUUAGAAGUUUAUCUCUUUGGUUUCCUCGACGAGGACAUGAAGAGUAUUAUGCCUGGACCAUUCGAGAGACAUUGGGGAAUCUUUAGAUACGAUGGAACACCUAAAUUUAUGCUAGAUUUCACUGGAAAAGGACGCAAGAUCGUACCCGUGGCAGCGAAAGGUGUGGAAUACUUAGAUAAACAAUGGUGCAUAGUGAACAAAGACACGAUCAAUCUAGAUAAGGUUGCUCCGGACCUAGAGUAUGCAUGUUACCACGGUGACUGCACUGCGAUGAAGGGUGAUUCAAGAUGUAGUAAGCUAGACAGAAUCCAAAACAUAUCAUACGCAUUUAACAUGUAUUAUCAGAUCCAGGGUCAAGACGUUAAGGCUUGUGAUUUCAAAGGAACUGCUAGGAUUACUAAGGACAAUGCAACUGUGGGAAGUUGCUUGUUCCCUAUCCAGAUCGUAAGUGGAAGUGACGACUUCAGCAUCAACUUUGUGUUCGGAAGAUUCAUUGUCGUUGGACUUGUUCUUCUUGGAUUAAUAGCAACUAUAUAAUUUGUUUUCUUUACUGAUUUUUGUUUUUUUUUGCAAUUUUGGGGAAUUAAUUCCAUACGGUUAAUUGUAAUUUGUUGUUCGUCUGAUAACAUUUGAAUUAGUACUUCUAUAUAUGUGUUUGAUAAAUCCAUAUAGUCAAAUGAUCAUAUACUCGUUUAUAGG